GCAACGGGUGAGCUCGGCUCUCGCGUCUUUAAGAACCUGAUCACGCUCGUCCCAGGCACUGACGUCAUUAUCUCGCUGUACAAUCCCAAGGGUGCAACGCCCGAAAUUCAGAGAUCAGGUGUUGAAGUACGCCAGGGCGACUUCUCCAAGCCCGAGACCCUUGACGAAGCCUUCAAGGGGGGCGAUAAACUCCUCAUCGUCUCUUACCCUUCCAUCGCGUACGACAUCCGCGUCAACAGCCACAAGGCCGCCAUCGACGCGGCGAAGCGUGUUGGCGUCAAGCAUGUGUAUUACACGAGCCUGAUGUUCGCGGACGAUAGUAAGGCGGCGGUUAUGCAGGCCCACCUUACGACGGAGAAGUAUCUGAAAGAGAGUGGCUUGAUUUACACCAUCAUCCGGGAGGGCAUUUAUUGCGAGAGCUACCCGCUGUACUUUGGGUAUUGGAGGUUUGGCAACCCCGAAAAUGAGGUGAAGAUCCCGCACGGAGACGGAGGGGUUGCUUGGGUUUGCAGAGACGAUCUUGGUGAAGGAACGGCGAAGUUGAUGGACACACACAAGAACGAGACCGUCCUAUUCACAGGAUCGAAGGCAAUCACGCUCUCUGAGCUUGCUGGUAUCAUCUCGAACCUCGUGAAGAUAGACCCUCCAUUGCAGCUGAAGAUCGUUUCGGAAGACGAGUACAUUGCUAGCAACCAGGGUGGAGAGGACUUCCUCAGGAAGUGGGCGACGACCUAUCCCGCUCUCGUCCGCGGCGAGCUGGCUGUCGUUGAUCCGCUCUUACGUCAAGUUUUGGGCAGGGAUCUGAAGCCAUUUGAGGAAACACUGAAGGAGGAACUA